AACCGUGGAACACUGGUCCCGGGGAAACAGGGAGGUGUCCGGGCUUGGAGGCUCGGGUGGGCCUCGCGGCGGGCCGGGCCUCACCUCGCCCCGCGCGGGGAACACGAGCUCGAGCCGGACCCGGGGGCGGCUCGCGGAGCGGCUGGUCCAGUCAUGGCAGACUACUGGAAGUCGCAACCAAAGAAAUUCUGUGAUUACUGCAAGUGUUGGAUAGCGGACAAUAGGCCUAGUGUUGAAUUUCACGAAAGAGGAAAGAAUCAUAAGGAAAAUGUGGCAAAGAGAAUCAGUGAGAUUAAACAGAAAAGCCUGGAUAAGGCAAAGGAAGAAGAAAAGGCAUCAAAGGAGUUUGCCGCAAUGGAGGCAGCUGCCCUGAAAGCCUACCAAGAGGAUUUGAAAAGACUUGGCUUAGAGUCAGAAAUUUCAGAGCCAAGCAUAUCACCAGUAACAAGUACUGUCCCGCCAACCUCUGCAUCAAAUCAGCAGAAGGAAAAGAAGAAGAGGAAAAAAGACCCUUCAAAGGGAAGAUGGGUAGAAGGCAUAACCUCUGAGGGUUACCAUUACUAUUAUGAUCUCAUCACAGGAGCAUCCCAGUGGGAGAGACCUGAAGGAUUUCAAGGAAACUUAAAAAAGACAGCAGGGAAGACUGUUUGGGUAGAAGGUUUAAGCGAAGAUGGUUAUACCUACUAUUAUAAUACAGAAACAGGAGAAUCCAGAUGGGAAAAACCUGAUGAUUUCAUUCCACAUUCUGGCGACCUGCUUUCUAGUAAAGUCAAUGAAAAGUCACUUGAUACCCUAGAAGAGUCCAAAUCAUCAGAUUCUCAUAGUGAUUCUGAUGGGGAGCAGGAAGCGGAAAAAGGAGAGGCCUCUACAGAAACACAAAAGCCAAAAAUAAAGUUUAAGGAAAAAAAUAAAAGUAGUGACAAAGGAACUGAACCAGAAACACAGAAAGAAAAAACUACCCAAGAGCAAAAUUCAUCAGGUCCAAAUGAAGAAAAAUCCAAAGCUCCUAAAAAAUCAAACCCAUAUGGAGAAUGGCAAGAAAUUAAACAAGAAGUUGAGUCUCAGAUCGUAUGGUUCUUUUCUUUUAUUAAUGUGAUGUAUCACAUUGAUUGAUUUGCAAAUAUUGAACCCGCCCUGCAGCCCAGGAAUGAGUCCCACUUGAUCAUGGUAAAUAAUUUUUUUUAUAUGCUGUUGAAUUCGAUUUUCUAUUAUCUUGAGAAUUUCUGCAUCCAUGUUCAUCAGGGAUAUUGGCCUGUAGUUCUCCUUUUUUGUGGGAUCUCUGUCUGGUUUGGGAAUCAGGGUAAUGCUGGCUUCAUAAAAUGAGUCUGGAAGUUUUCCUUCCCUUUCUAUUUUUUGGAACAGCUUGAGAAGGAUAGGUAUUAUCUCUGCUUUAAAUGUCUGGUAGAGUUCCCCAGGGAAGCCGUCUGGUCCUGGACUCUUAUUUGUUGGGAGAUUUUUGAUAACUGAUUCAAUUUCUUCACUAGUUAUGGGUCUGUUCAAAUUUUCUAUUUCUUCCCAUUUGAGUUUGGAAAGUGUAUGGGUGUUUAAGAAUUUAUCCAUUUCUUCCAGGUUGUCCAGUUUGUUGGCAUAUAAUUUUCCAUAUUCCCUGAUAAUUGCUUGUAUUUCUAAGGGAUUGGUUGUAAUAAUUCCAUUUUCAUUCAUGAUUUUAUCUAUUUGAGUCCUCUCUCUUUUCUUUUUGAGAAGCCUGGCUAGAGAUUUAUCAAUUUUGUUUAUUUUUUCAAAAAACCAACUCUUGCUUUUGUUGAUCUGCUCUACGGUUUUGUUUUGGGUUUUUUUUUUUUUUUUUUAUUCUAUAUUGUUUAUUUCUGCUCUGAUCUUUAUUAUUUCUCUUCUUCUUCUGGGUUUAGGGUGUCUUUACUGUUCUGCUUCUAGUUCCUUUAGCUGUGCUGUUAGAUUUUGUAUAUGGGAUUUUUCUUGUGUCUUGAGUUAGGCCUGGAUUGCAAUGUAUUUUCCUCUUACGACUGUCUCUGCUGUUUUUGCUGUCCUCUUAGGACUGUCAAAUCCCAAAGGGUUUGAACUGUUGUGUUUUCAUUUUCAUUUGUUUCCAUAUAUUUUUUAAUUUCUUCUCUAAUGGCCUGGUUGACCCAUUCAUUCUUUAGUAGGAUGUUCUUUAACCUCCAUGCUUUUAGAGGUUUUCCAGACUUUUUCCUGUGGUUGAUUUCAAGUUUCGUAGCAUUGUGAUCUGAAAGUGUGCAUGGUAUGAUCUCAAUUCUUUUAUAUUUAUUGAGGGCUGUUUUGUGACCCAGUUUCUGAUCUUUCUUGGAGACUGUUCCAUGUGCACUCCAGAAGAAAGUAUAUUCUGUUGCUUUGGGAUGCAGAGUUCUAAACAUAUCUGUCAAGUCCAUCUGGUCCAAUGUAUCAUUCAGGGCCUUUGUUUACUGAUUUUCUGUCUAGAUGGCAUGUCUUGAUGAUGUGUUGUAAGUGGAGUAUUAAAGUCCUCUGCAAUUACCACAUUCUUACCAAUAAGAUUGCUUAUGUUUGUGAUUGUUUUAUAUAUUUGGGUUCUCCCAAAUUCAGUGCAUAGACAUUUAUAAUGGUUAGCUCCUCUUGAUGGAUAGACCCCGUAACUAUUAUAUAAUGCCCUCCUUCAUUUCUUGUUACAGCCUUUAGUUUAAAAUCUAGUUUGUCUGAUGUAAGUAUGACUACUCCAGCUUUGACUUCAGAAGCAUGAUAAAUGGUUCUGCAUCCCCUCACUUUGAAUAUGAAGGUGUUCUCAAGUCUAAAAUGAGUCUUUUGUAGAGAGCAAAUAGAUGGGUCUUGUUUUUUUUAUCCAUUCUGAUACCCUGUGUCUUUUGAUUAGAGCAUUUAGUCCAUUUACAUUUAGUGUUACUAUUGAAAGAUAUGGGUUUAGAGUCAUUGUGUUAUUCGUAGGUUUCAUGCUUGUGGUGAUGUCUCUGGUCCUUUGUGGUCCUAGCAACAUUUCACUCACAGAGUCCCCCUUAGGAUCUCUUGUAGGGCUGGUUUAGUGGUGAUGAAUUCCUUCAGUUUUUGUUUGGGAAAACUUUUAUCUCUUCUUCUAUUUUGAAUGACACGCUUGCUGGAUAAAGGAUUCUUAGCUGCAUAUUUUUCCUGUUCAUCACAUAGAAAAUUUCCUGCUACUCCUUUCUGGCCUGCCAAGUUUCAGUAGAUAGGUCUGCUACUACCCUUAUGUGUCUACCCUUGUUUGUUGAGGCCCGCUUAUCCAUGGCUGCUUUCAGAAUUCUCUCUUUAUCUUUGUAUUUUUCCAGUUUCACUAUGAUAUAUCAUGCAGAAGAUCGAUUCAGGUUAUGUCUAAAGGGAGUUCUGUGUGCCUCCUGGAUUUCAAUGUCUUUCUCCUUCCCUAGAUUGGGGAAGUUCUUAGCUAUGAUUUGUUCAAGUAUACCUUUGGCCCCUUUCUCUCUCUCUUCUUCUGGAACUCCUAUGAUAUGGAUAUUGUUCCGUUUCAUUGAAUCACUUACUUCUCUAAUUCUCCCCUUGUGAUCCAGAAUUUUUUUAUCUAUCUUUUUCUCAGCUUCAUCUUUUUCCAUUAUUUUAUCUUCUAUUUCACCUAUUCUCUCCUCUGCCUCUUCAGUCCUCCUUGUGACCACCUCUUUUCUAAAUUCUUGUUAAGGUAUGUUGUUUAUAUCUGUUUUGAGCAAUGCUUUAGUUGUCAUUUCUUCCUGGAAUUUCUUUUGAGGAGAAUUCUUCUAUUUCAUCAUUUUGGCUAGUUUUCUGUCCCUUAUAUGUUUUAAAAGCUUGUUAUGUGCCCUGCACCUACAAGCAUUACUAUAUUAAAGAGGGGUCAUAUACUUUCCAGGGACUGGCCCUUCAGGAGGUGUUUUUUAGAGAGUGUGACUUUCUCUCUGUUGUUGUGACUUUGGUUACUUUACCUCCCUACUCGUAGUGAUGUUUUGGACCCUCCACCAGGUGUGCUCUGAUUUGUUCCUUGAAGUAGCCCUGGAAAGGAACACAAACAAAAAGCAGACAGAAAACAUGUAAAGACACUAACAAAAAAAAACAAACCAGAAACACCAACUACAAGUAAAGAACAGCAUGGAGGCAGUGCUGAUGAAAGAGUACAUACAAAGAGAGAAAUGACAGGGGCGGGGCAAAAGAAAAAAUAAAAAUUGACCAGGCAGAGAAACUGUAUGUCUUAAUCCAGAGAGAGAGAGAGGAAAAUAAAGAAGGAGGUGGGGGAAAAAGAAAAGAUAAAGUUGUCCAGACAGACAGACAAUAUGGCUUAUUCUAGAGAGAGAGAAAGGAAAAUAAAGGAGGUGUAGAGCAUGUAUGAAGACAGUGGAUUAAAUAUGUCUGCUUAAACAACUCAACAACCAGAGUAACCAGACUAGAGGAGGGAAGAGAGAAGAAGGAGAAAUAGAAGGAAGAAUGUAUCUAUAUAAUAAGAAUUGUCGGAGAAUUAAACCAGGCAAUGCAGCAGCACAGGUCUGGAGGAGGGGCCAUUUGGGUCUAUACCGCUCCAGUAGAUAGGCAUUAUCAGGCACGGAGGGGCAUGAUUUGGUGUAGGUGGGUCACGCCUCCACUGUGGGCCCCAGGGUCCGAUCCCUGAGGCCCCACCUUGGUGGUGGUGGUGAGGAGAAAAAUAGCGACACCCCAGUCUCUCCUCCAUGGACCAGAUGUCCCAAACCACUCUGUUCUAGCCAUACUCACUGUGCCGCUGGCCACACAAAGAAGUUUGUCUUGCUCUGCCAACUCCCAUGCCCUGGCACUUGGCUGGGAUUCAAACUCUCACUCUGUACUGGAGAAGCACCGCUCCAUGCUGCCCAAUACAUCGUCUCUGGCUGAUGGAAGCAGGCGGGGUUUGUCCUGUCCCACAGCACUCCAGGGAGGGGAUCGCUUUCUCCUACUGCAGACUGCACCCCAGAGCUGGCUCCCCCCCUCCCCAGGUGCAUGAUCUGGGCAGCUGGCCCCAGUCCGGAGAAAGCCCCUCAGAGAUUGGAUCUUUCUCCGUCCUGGUCUGAGGUUUUUCUGUUGUCAAGAUACAGUCCUAUGCUUCCCCAGGCUUUCUUUCUCUUCCCCUUGUCUCUCCACAGAAGGGGAUCCCUCCCCUCCAUUCUUUUUAUCUCUCCCCGUUCACCAUCAUGUACCUGUGGCCCGUCAGGUUGUCCCAGUGGGUCCCUGGAAGCAACCCUGUCUCUUUGCCUCCCAGACUCUUGGAGUUCAAAGUCCUUUGGCUUCAACACUGCUUUGAGAGACAAGGGAACUUUGGAUCCCCCUACUUCUCCACCAUGUUGGCCCCUCUCCUGGUCCUUUUAAUUAAAGGAGAAAUUCCCACUUUAGAACAUUAAUAAACAUAAAGUUAAAUGCUACCUGAGUGGAUUUAACAUCUAAAGAAAGAUCAAAAUUUUCUUUAAAGACAGUGUGGAUUCAAUUGUAAUAGUCAUGAACAAGUUCAUCAAGCUUUUGUGUGCUAAUCUGAGUUUUGUUUCAGUCAACAGGCUUAGGAAGAGCGACUGUAAUUGCUUGGUGAUUUCCAACAAGUUUUCUAGCAUCUUACCACAAGUUAGAUGUUUGUUUUUCUAAAUACCCUUCAGGAUAUUCUCCUCUGGCUGGUUCCAUCCAGUGUUUGGCCUGGUUCUCACCAACAAGCACAUGGAAUAAUUGGUAUAAAUCUGAGAAACCAAAGUGGUAAAUUUGAAUAACUGUUGAAUUCUUCAGCAAACUUAUUGGGGUCCUCAGUCACUUUAGGGAACUUUUUAACUAUGGCUCACAAUUCAGCCUUAGUCCAGGGAACAAGGAACUUGAAGUUUAUUUAGUUCCUCGGAAAACUUAACUUUAAAGAAGCAGGUUUUAAUAGGUUCAGGAGAGGACGAAGCAGAGAGAUUAAAAGGCAAGUUCAGCAGAAAGAACAGACAAAAGUGUUGCCAGAGGUGGGUCCUGAGCACAAGAUGGGUGCAGAUGGAGGGAGGGAGAAAACGGCCUCAGAAGCCAUUUUGAUGGCUUUUGUUCUGAUGGCUUCAGUUGUUUGUUUGCCUCAGUUGAUUUGUAAAUAGCAUCUUGCAAAAAGGCAAAAAAACAUAUGGAACCCUCAAGGUACAAUUUAAAAUAGGCAUCCCAGAGAUACAGAGUUUGCCGGACAAACACAAGAUAAAGGAAUUCAUGACCACUAAAUAGCCCUACAAGAAAUGUUAAAGGGGACUCUGCAUGGAUAAACCAUAAGUAGGACUAAG